AUACUUUGGGCAUUUUUUUGCAGAAACGGGAAACAUAUCUCACCCAGGUCUCCCUUUCUCUCUCUUCCAUCAAGACUCUGUCGACUGUCGGAGCUCCGAUCUCUUCUUGAACAAGGUUCCUGUCUGGUUUUUUGAACAGAAAUACCAUUUUGUUUAGUUUUAAGGUGUUGGAGUUAUCAUAAUGGCCACGGGUCAGCGCACCCCGAUUGAUUUAGAUCAAGGAUGGGAAUUUAUGCAAAGAGGGAUAACAAAACUGAAAAACAUCUUGGAAGGACUGCCGGUGCCACAGUUCAGCUCUGAAGACUAUAUGAUGUUAUACACGUAUCCUUUUAAACACUUCAUUAUGAAAACUUUGGUUUUAUAUUGUAGGGAACUUCUCUUUUCCCCCAUUCUUUUUCCUUUAGUCUAUUCCACAGGACAAUUUACAAUAUGUGCACGCAAAAACCACCACAUGAUUACUCUCAGCAAUUGUAUGACAAAUACAGGGAAUCCUUUGAAGAAUAUAUUACAUCAACGGUAUUACCUUCUUUGAGAGAAAAGCAUGACGAAUUUAUGUUGAGAGAGUUGGUGAAGAGGUGGUCAAAUCAUAAAAUCAUGGUUAGAUGGUUGUCAAGAUUCUUCCAUUACCUAGAUCGUUAUUUUAUUGCUCGGAGAUCCCUACCGGCACUCAAUGAAGUUGGAUUAACUUGUUUCCGAAAUCUGGUGUAUCAAGAGUUGAAUGGAAAAGUAAGGGAUGCUGUCAUAUCCUUGAUUGAUCAAGAGCGUGAAGGGGAACAGAUUGAUAGAGCUUUGUUGAAGAAUGUACUAGACAUAUUUGUUGAAAUUGGAAUGGGGCAAAUGGAUUACUACGAAAAUGACUUUGAAGCUGCAAUGCUCAAGGAUUCUGCAGCUUAUUAUUCUCGAAAGGCCUCUAACUGGAUUUUAGAGGAUUCAUGUCCAGACUACAUGUUGAAAGCUGAGGAAUGUUUGAAAAGGGAGAAAGAUAGAGUCUCUCAUUAUCUUCAUUCAAGUAGUGAGACAAAAUUGCUUGAGAAAGUGCAACAUGAGCUGUUGUCUGUGUAUGCUACCCAAUUGCUUGAGAAGGAGCACUCUGGAUGCCAUGCAUUACUUAGAGAUGAUAAGGUGGAGGACUUGUCAAGAAUGUAUAGACUCUUCUCUAAAAUACCACGAGGUUUAGAGCCCGUUGCUACUAUUUUUAAGCAGCAUGUUACUGCUGAAGGUAUGACUCUGGUUAAACAAGCAGAAGAUGCUGCAAGCUGUAAGAAGGCAGAAAAGAGAGAUGUUGUUGGUAUUCAGGAACAGGUGUUUGUUAGGAAAGUGAUUGAGCUUCAUGAUAAAUAUUUGGCUUAUGUAAAUGACUGUUUCCAAAACCACUCUCUUUUCCACAAGGCUCUGAAGGAAGCUUUUGAAGUUUUUUGCAACAAGGGUGUUGCUGGUAGUUCAAGUGCAGAACUUCUUGCUACAUUUUGUGAUAACAUUCUCAAAAAAGGUGGAAGUGAGAAAUUGAGUGAUGAGGCUAUCGAGGAGACACUGGAAAAGGUUGUAAAGCUGCUUGCUUAUAUUAGUGAUAAGGACUUAUAUGCAGAAUUCUAUAGGAAAAAGUUAGCUAGACGGUUGUUAUUUGAUAAGAGUGCCAAUGAUGAACAUGAGAGAAGUAUCCUGACAAAGCUAAAGCAGCAAUGUGGUGGUCAGUUCACAUCAAAGAUGGAGGGGAUGGUCACCGAUUUAACUUUGGCUAGGGAAAAUCAAACUAGCUUUGAGGAGUAUCUCAGUAAUAAUCCUGGUGCAAACCCUGGUAUUGAUUUGACUGUUACCGUACUUACCACGGGCUUUUGGCCAAGCUACAAGUCUUUCGAUCUUAACCUCCCAGCAGAGAUGGUUAAAUGUGUUGAAGUAUUUAGAGAUUUCUACCAAACCAAAACAAAGCACAGGAAGCUUACAUGGAUAUACUCGCUGGGUACUUGUAAUAUCAUCGGAAGAUUUGAGCCAAAAACUAUUGAGCUAGUUGUGACUACAUACCAGGCUUCUACUUUGCUGCUAUUCAAUGCAUCCGAUCGUCUGAGUUAUCAGGAAAUCAUGACACAGUUAAACCUGUCAGAUGAUGAUGUUGUUAGACUUCUUCAUUCCUUAUCAUGUGCAAAGUAUAAAAUUCUCAGUAAGGAGCCAAGCACAAAGACAAUAUCUCCUACUGAUGUUUUUGAGUUCAACUCAAAGUUCACAGACAAAAUGAGGAGGAUCAAGAUCCCUCUCCCUCCCGUGGAUGAGAAGAAAAAAGUUAUUGAAGAUGUUGAUAAAGACAGGAGAUAUGCGAUUGAUGCCUCAAUAGUGCGCAUUAUGAAGAGCAGGAAAGUCUUGGGCUAUCAGCAGUUAGUAAUGGAGUGUGUUGAGCAGCUGGGGCGCAUGUUCAAGCCCGAUGUUAAAGCAAUCAAAAAGAGGAUUGAAGACUUAAUCACUAGGGACUACCUCGAAAGGGAGAAGGACAACCCUAACAUGUUCAAGUACUUAGCAUGAUUUGGCUCAGGUCAGUGAUAUCAAAGGAGUUACUAAUUCUCACUGUUGCUAUCAGCUUCAGCUUGAGAUGACAGUCACGGCUGUCGAAAUUUGCAGUCGAGCAGAACUCCUGUAUUGUGAUUUUGGUUACAGUCAAGUUUUUGAAAUCACAUCUACCCUGAGCUGAGCUGUGAAAGGUGGAUUGAUUAUAGCAGUCCACUAUGGUACCCGUACAUGUUAGGAAGAGGCAAAUUUCCGGUCUUUGUGAAGAGUGAGACUUGUUUCUAUUCACAUAUAUGGCCUUCCCAUGAGCAUUCUCAAUAUGUGCUUGUUACUUUGUUAUAUACCCUUUGAGUAUAUGUAAUGUAAUUUUUAAUGUUUCAGUGAAUGGGGUUUUCUGGAAUCGUAUUUUCUUCAUUGAUUUCUUAACUCACUUUCGUGAUUGAAGUUCCUUAAA